AUGUCGGUGAGCCAGCCACAGUCGGGAAGAGGUGUGCCUUGUUUACGCUGCAGAGGGACAUGCACAGGCUUUGAGCCACAUUCUUGGAGGAAAAUCUGCAAGUCAUGCAAAUGCAGCCAGGAGGAUCACAGCCUGAGCUCAGAUGUGGAGGACGAUCGGAAAAUUGGGCGCCUGCUGUCAGACUCCAAGUAUGCCAUGCUUACCGCCCGGGUGAAAGGAGGUGACGGUGUUCGCAUUUACAAGAGGAACCGCAUGAUCAUCACCAACCCCAUUGUCUCUCGGAAAGACCCCACCUUUGACACCAUCACGUAUGAGUGGGCUCCACCGGGGCUCACCCAGAAGUUGGCCAUGCAGUACAUGGAGCUGAUCCCGAAGGAGAUGCAGCCGGUGGCGGGGACGGAUGGGGCAUACUAUCGCCGGCGGCAGCUGGUGAGGCAACUCCCGCUGUACGACCAGGACCCAUCCCAGUGCUGCGGCCUUGCGGAGGGCGAGCUGAAGCUGAUGGAAGACUUUGUGAAGAAGUACAAAGCCGAGGCGCUGGGUGUUGGGGAAGUGGCGCUGCCGGGCCAGGGCGGCAGCGGGAAGGAGGAGGGGAAGCCGCAGGACAAGAGCAUCGCUGCCAGCCAACCCCCCGAGUCCACCAACGGGGCCCCAGAGCAUGUGCCUGAGGGAGGGCACUAUCGCUGCGAGACCUGCAAGCAGGCAGUGCCGGGGGACUGCCCAGUGGUGUACGCCGACCGGGCGGGCUACUCCCGGCAGUGGCACCCAGCGUGCUUCGUGUGCUGCCGGUGCUCAGAGCCCCUCGUCGACCUCAUCUACUUCUGGAAAAACGCCGCCCGGCCACGCUGCGCCGGCUGCGACGAGAUCAUCUUCUCGGAGGACUACCAGCAGGCAGAAGGCAUGGCCUGGCACAAGAAGCACUUUGCCUGCCUGGAGUGCGAGACGCUGCUGACCGGCAAACCCUUUGCUCUUCACAACACCAGCCUGCUGUGCACGACCUGCAGCAAAAGCAAACGCCUCUGA